AUGCAACAAAAUCUUACUAAUCCAGAGACUACAGAUAGAGUGAUCUAUGGUCAAUACCAAAAUAAAAAUUUUGUCGGACCGGAAAAACCCACACCUAGAAAAUAUGUGCCUCAAAUUACUGGAAAAGGUCAGGAACAGAUUCAAAUGCAACAAAAUCUUAUUAAUCCAGAGACUACAGAUAGAGUGAUCUAUGGUCAAUACCAAAAUAAAAAUUUUGUCGGACCGGAAAGACCCACCCCUAGAAAAUAUGUGACUCAAAUUACUGGAAAAGAAUCGUCAAAGCAAGUGAUCCCAUCGAAACAAUCCAACAUUUAUGGAAAUAAGCAACAACCGCUGAAAAUUCAAGAAGAAAGAAAUCUAAAACCUCUACAGAUAUCUUCUAAUGAGCAAGUGCAAAAGUCUUCAGACACUGUUUUCGCGAAGAAUGAUGCACAAAAUCAAUUUAGUACACGUCAGGACAAACUUAAAGCAUUAAAUAAAAGCGGCCCAAGAGCGUUUUCCGGUCCCGUGGAGAAGGUGCUUAAAUGGCACAAGUCUUUACAAGAAGUGGGUAUUUUGAUACUUUAUGAAAUUGUUGCUAAAUGUGUUAGUGUGCGGUCAGGAGAUCCUUGCGCUAAAACCUUAGUAGUAAGAGACGAGAACGGUCCAGCUAUGCAAGUUGUUUAUUACGAAAUUGACUUCUUAUUGCCUGAAUUGAAGUUACCGUGCAUGGUUAGAGUAAUAGGCCGCAUGUUGUAUGGAACAUGUCGUCUGCAAGCGUUUCACGUGCGUCCAGCGACUGGAGACGAUGUCGCGACAUUACCGCGCCGUGCUGCAGUCGCACAGCACCACGUCACCAAGCUCUGCAAGGAGUACACCCUUACGAACUGA